AUGGCGAACCCAAAAUUUGCUGAGAUUAAGCUAUGGUUUCUUGGCACCGUAGGUCUAAUCGAAUCAGCCAUGAAAAUCCCAUUUAGAAAUCCCAAUUUCAUAGCCUUAACAUUGAUUACCUCCUUCCCACUAUUUUGCAUGAGAUUAAUACAUGAAUUGCCUUAUAAUUACCAGCCUAGUUUGAUCAAGGAGGCAAUAUAUCAGCUAAGAAUUCUUACUAAUGAUGGAGGCAAUAUGUCACGGGCUCUAAAUCUGACCAUUCAAAUUCUGGAAGUUUACCUCUCUGUCUUUGUUGACUUCCUCAGUGCCCUCACAACUAUCUAUGCUGCCUCAAUAAUCUGUACUAGUAGUGAGAGGUCAACAAUGGGUCUCCGAAAUCUUCUUCGAAAUUCAAUAACCAAAACAAGGUGGCAUGAGCUUAUGUUUCCAUUCUUGUCUGUGUCCCUCUUGUGCUCUCUUUCCUCAAGUGUUCUUGACUAUUGGCUUUAUGCUAGGCCGUUACUUUUACCAGGCUGCCCAACUCGGUUGUCGCGGGGCUUGCAUUUGAUAGUUUAUGGUGUGGCCUUUGCUAAAUGGGCAGAGUACAGUGCCUGGUGGAACCUAAGUGUUGUUGUUUCCAUCUUAGAGGAGAACAGAGGAAUUGCCCUUUCAGCCUCAUCAAAGUUAACCAAAGGAAAUAGACUAAGAGGGCUCAUUUGGAUGCUUCUGUAUUCUGUUUGGAGGUUCAAGUUGCCAUCCCUCCUUGCCACAUGGACUUACCCACAUAUACUUGCGUACUAUUACCUUGACACAAGCUUCGUGUGCCUGGGGAAGGUUAUCAAUUGGGUGGUUCUCACAGUUUAUUACUACGAUUGCAAAACUGUCACAACAAGGUUGCCAUAA